AUGUUCCUGACAAUUGCGUCCUCCGUGAUCUGGAGAACGAGAGGGGGAAGAUUUAACAGCGGGGGGGCGCGGAUAGGAGCCGAGGGCGUGGUGGCCGGAGACAGCGUCGGAGAUGAUCCGUUCCCAACACCAGCACCAACAGCAUCGACGGCAGCGAGGGGAGAUGAAAGUGGCAGUCGGCCGCUGCCGCGGUUGAAUGCCCCUCCGCACGACUACGUACGACAUGCCUACUCCCCUCGGGCAGGCCCCCUGUGGAGUUCCGUGGCGGCGUUUCUAGGAUGGACGGAAGAAUUGGCGAGGGGUCUCAUAACGUUCGGAGGCGUUUACUACAAGCCGGGUGGUGCACCCGCCUCGGCUAAGCCCAAAAGGGAACUAGAUCCUGACCGAGAAGUGGAGAUCGGGGAGUACCUCCGCAUUUUUCCGAAGCCCCGAAGGUAUCCCGCCUUCCUCGGUGUUGACUGGGAGUCCAAGAUUGUGUACGAUUGUGCCGGGGUGAUGCUGGUCAACAAACCCGCGGGCGUACCAGCACAUGCCACCGUGGACAACUUCGCCGAGAACAUGCUUGCCGGAAUCAGGGGUGUGAGGCCGGGUCUGGACUUGCUCCUCCCUCAUCGGCUGGACAACGACACCUCGGGUCUCGUCAUCGUCGCCAAGGGCGCGGAUACCCUUCGAUCGAUCAACGAGAUCAUCAAGCGGCCGGGGCUGAUGCUUCAGACGGGAGACGAUUCUCCACGGGACCGAAGGAGGAAGAACAAGGCUCUACGCCGAGCCGCAAAACUGGCUGACGGCACCGCCAACAUCAAGACCCCCGUCUCCGAAGAAGCAUCAAUGACGGAGGCGGCGGCGGCAACGGAAUCGGAAGCGUUACCAGAAACGCCGCAAGUAGGGAGGGCAAUACCUCCGACCCAAGCCUUCGCAACAGGAGCGGGAGCAGAAGCAGCAGCAGCAGAGACGGGAGCUGUGCAAAAUGCCGUCGGGGCAAUCACCAAGAGAUACCGGGCCUUAGUAGAGGUUUUGCCGGGGAGUUCUCCGCUCAAGGCGUCCCCGAUCCCCUUGACACACUUCCAGAAGGUUUCCCGAAGGGCCCCGAAAGACUUUCGACGCGAUCGCCCACCGCAGCCAAAGGCUACCAGCAACGCUAGAUUGGCGGAUACGCCUGGCGGGGGAGAAGACGACGAAGGGUCGUGGAUCGAGUGCCGGUUGCUGGUGCUCUCCGCCAGCGAAGCCUCUGUCUCCUCUGUCGUCACACCGGCAGGGUUUCCUACUCGAACAGGCGAUUCCAUCAAGGGGGGGGGAGGAGGCGGCGGCGUGUCUACGGGUAUGCUGCAGGAGGUCGAGGUGCAGCUGCUGACGGGAAGAACUCAUCAGAUCCGGGGACAGCUCGCGGCGGAGGGUUGCCCGAUCUACGGAGAUAACCUUUACGGACCAGCCGUGAGAGAGACAUCCCCAACAGGCCCCGCGGAACCAGCAGCAACAGCAGCAGAAACAACACCAGCAGUAGUAGGAGGCACAACAGCAACGGCGCCAGCAGCGCUUGCAGAACAAGCAGGCGGCUCAACAGCAACGGCAUCGGCGACAACACCGAGACCCACGGGUGGCACAUUCGUGCUGAGACGCUCGCCUGCCCCCGCUGCUGCUGCUACGGAGCCCGGCCUUGUCGUGGAGGAGGAAGCGGUGCGACAGGUCGGCCUCCAGGCGGGUUUCCAGGGGGACGAGACGAGCUGCAGGGGUGGCUUCGUUGAGAGCCCCAAGAUGGCGUUACAGGCGUGCCACAUUUCGCUUGAGUUGGAAGCUGAGGACGGGGGGAGAGAACGGCAUGCGUUUACCCUUGCGAGAGACACUUGUUGGUGGGUGGAUGAAGGGCGGGGGGCGUGUGUUUCGGCUGAAUAG